AUGUUUGGGAUGCUGAAACACCACCUCCAACCUGGCGCCUUGCUCUUCUUCCUCUGGCUUUGUCAUCUCAUGGAACAUCAGAAAGUUCAAGCCGGUAACUGCUGGCUGCAACAAGGGAAGAACGGGAGAUGCCAAGUUCUGUACAUGCCCGGAAUGAGCCGCGAGGAGUGCUGCCGCAGCGGGCGUCUGGGCACGUCCUGGACCGAGGAGGACGUCCCCAACAGCACGCUCUUUAGGUGGAUGAUCUUCAACGGCGGGGCGCCUAAUUGCAUACCAUGCAAAGGUGGAGAAACCUGUGACAAUGUGGACUGUGGCCCCGGGAAGAGGUGCAAGAUGAACCGCAGGAGUAAGCCCCGCUGCGUGUGCGCGCCAGACUGCUCCAACGUCACCUGGAAGGGCCCCGUGUGUGGCUCCGACGGAAAGACCUACCGGGACGAGUGCGCGCUGCUCAAGGCCAAGUGCAAAGGCCACCCGGACCUGGAGGUGCAAUACCAGGGAAAGUGCAAGAAAACCUGCCGUGACGUCCUGUGCCCCGGCAGCUCCACGUGCGUCGUGGACCAGACCAACAACGCCUACUGCGUGACGUGUAACCGGAUUUGCCCCGAGGUGACGUCACCGGAGCAGUACCUGUGCGGGAACGACGGGAUCGUGUACGCCAGCGCCUGCCACCUGAGGAGAGCGACCUGUCUGCUGGGCCGCUCCAUCGGCGUGGCCUACGAGGGCAAAUGCAUCAAGGCCAAGUCUUGCGAGGACAUCCAGUGCAGCGGGGGAAAGAAGUGUUUGUGGGACGGGCGCAUGAGCCGAGGCCGCUGCGCCCUGUGUGACGAGAGCUGUCCGGAGAGUCGGACGGACGAGGCCGUGUGCGCCAGCGACAACACCACCUACUCCAGCGAAUGUGCCAUGAAGCAGGCCGCGUGCGCCCUGGGGCUGCUCCUGGAGGUCAAGCACUCGGGAUCUUGCAACUCCAUUUCAGAAGACCGCGAGGAGAAGGAGGAGGUGGAGGAAGAGGAGGAGGACUCAGACUACACAACCUAUGUCCAGUUACUCCCUUUGAUGGACGGAUAG